CUGACGUGUUCGAAAGCACUGGCCUGAAAGCGUUGAGCAAGAUCCAUUGGCCUCCAAACCUUCAAUUCAAAUUGGGUCUCCUUUCAAUCGCCGAAGACCGACGAGCUUCUCUCAAUUUUGACGCUCGUGGACCUCAAUGGAAUUUGAUCGCUCCGAUAGCAGUGGAACAGAUGAUGAUUUUCCUCCUUCCCAUCGAAACAAAUUCAAACAAGCAGAUCAUGCAACCGGAAACGGAAGAUUAGCAGCUGUAGGUUCUGGUCCAUUUCCUAGGGUGCAAAAUGACAUGGAAACCCAAAUCCACAACAUUGAGCAAGAAGCAUACACCUCUGUUCUGCGGGCUUUUAAAGCUCAAUCUGAUGCAAUUACUUGGGAAAAAGAAAGUUUAAUUACAGAGCUUAGGAAGGAGCUCCGUGUAUCAGAUGAAGAACACAGAGAACUUCUAUCCAGGGUCAACGCCGAUGACAUCAUCCGCGAGAUAAGGGAGUGGAGAAAGACAAGUGGACUCCAACCAGGCGCAGUAAAUACUUCUCAACCGGUUCACGACCACAUACCCAGCCCUACUGUUUCUGCUCCUCAUAAGAAACAAAAAACUUCACAAUCUGUAGCUUCGUUAUCAUUGGGUGCACCAUCACCAAUAGUUCAACCAUCGUCAUCCACGGCGAGGCAAGGACCUCCAUCAGGAGGAAAGACUAAAAAGCCAAAAUCAUUACCUUCUACAGGUCUUGCUAGCAGAAGCCAGGUCACUAAUCGGGGGGGUUGUUCAGGUGCCUUCGCAACAAAUCAGCCUCCUGAAGCAACCUCUUAUGAUCCUAUGAUCGGAAGGAAGGUUUGGACAAGGUGGCCUGACGACAACCACUUCUACGAAGCUGUUAUUACUGAUUAUAAUGCAUCCGAGGGUCGGCAUGCCUUGGUCUAUGAUAUGAAUGCAAGAAAUGAGACCUGGGAAUGGGUCAAUCUAAAAGAGAUAUCUCCUAAAGAUAUUCGAUGGGAAGGUGAAGAUCCUGGAAUAUCCCAAAGAGGUGUUCGGGCUGGUCCAGGUAGAGGGAUAAAGAAGUCUGUGUCUCGUGGUGGUGCCGUUACAGUUGUUGGGAGAGGUAGGGGAAUGACAAAGGUUCUUAAGAAAAAUUUCAUUUCAUCACAAACAAAUGGGAGCAGGAGGAAACCUACAAGUGAUAUUGAGUUACUCCACACAGAUACCCUUAUCAAGGAGGUUGAAAAGAUUUUUAGCGCCAAUCAUCCGGAUCCGGUAGAUAUGGAGAAAGCAAAGAAAAUGCUCAAAGAACAUGAACAAGCUCUUGUUAAUGCAAUUGCCAGGCUCGGGGAUGCAUCUGACGGUGAAAGUGAUGGAGAGCCUCCAUUUUCCCAAGUACAGUCCACAGAUCGGGAAAUAGGGCGGAAGAAGCGAAAGCAUGAUCAUUUGGGUGGUGUUUCUGUUGGCAAGUUGCCGACGGAUGGCAGUGCUUCGUCUGCUCACCCACGUGAAGACAGACAUUAUAGAUGACUUAAGCAGGGGGCUGCAGGGCCUUUUACCUUACCACUGUAAUGUUCAAUAUGCAACCGUUUCUUUUGCAUGAUAUGCAUGUAUCUUAUUUUACCUUGUUUACUAGUGUAGCUUUUUGCCAUUAGAAUUGGCUCCA